AGAAGUGAUAGACUUUCAAAGAAUAAUAUGAUUGGAGGUUGAGCUUUGAACAGGUGGUGUGCUCCAAUGACAAAGAGUUGACCAGAAUAAAAGUUAGAUGGAUACGUGAUUAUUCAAGGGACGCUAGAGUGGUUUCUUCUUCAAGGAACACAAAACUCAAAUUUUAACCUAAUAGAUUAAAAAAAAAAAACCUCAAAAUUGAUAGCUGUUUUUUGUUUUUUAACUCACUGUCAAUAGUAAUUACGUCCGGGUGAUGCAUGGCAUCAAAUUUAAAGUUCCCACCUGUUGACUGCCAGCGGCACAUCGAGCAAAGCAAAUUAGCAAACUUGGAGAGCCCGUUUCGACCUUCAUUUAACAUCCACUUUCAUUUCUUCAACACGAUUCAAAUUCCCAUUCCUCCAUUGCCAUCUCUUCCCCAAUGGAUUCUUCUCCCAACCAUUUCCUCCUCCGUUAUUCCGCUCAAUUACCUCAUACCCCUUUCAUUAUUCUCAUCCCCAUACUAACUUCCAUUGAAGCCUAUCUGUACUUCUCACAUGCAUGGCAUCCCCUUUUCCAUAUCUUCCCACUGUCUUUCCUUGUCGUCCUCAUCAUCUUCAAUCUUGCUUCUCCUAAUUCAGUGUACUUAGUUGACUUCUCAUGCCUCAAACCACCAAGCUUCUUCAGGGUUCCCUUCUCUACUUUCCUUGAAAAUGCCACUUUGAUGGAUAUUUUUGACAGUGAGAGUAUCAGUUUCAUGGCCAGAACUCUCAAGUCUUCUGGACAGAGUGAACAAACUUGUCUCCCUCCAGCCCUGCAUUUCAUACCACCCAAAACCCAUAUACAGGAAUCCAUUAAUGAAGUCCACAUCGUACUGUUUCCUGUCAUGAAUGACCUUUUAACCAAAACUCAUCUCUCUCCUUCCGACAUUGAUAUUCUAAUUGUUAAUUGCAGUGGCUUUUGCCAAUCUCCUUCUCUGUCAUCCAUAGUCAUCAACAAAUAUUCUAUGAGAAAUGACAUUAAGAGCUUUAAUCUCUCUGGAAUGGGGUGUAGUGCAAGUGCUAUUGCCAUUCACUUGGCUGAAAAUCUCCUUCGAGUUCACAAAAACUCAAAUGCAGUCGUGCUUAGUACAGAAAUUUUAUCGAACGGUUGGUACGCAGGAAAAGAACGCUCCAAAUUGAUCCUUAAUUGCCUAUUCCGAAUGGGCAGUGCAGCUAUUCUGCUCUCUAACAAAAAACAAGCGAAAGAAUCUUCAAAAUAUAAACUGAUUAAAACGCUCAGAACACAGAGAGCUUUCGAUGACAAAAGUUACCUAUCAGCCUUACGCGAGGAGGACAGGUACGGAAAACUCGGCGUCGCUCUGACACGGGAUUUACCCCAUGUCGCCGGAGAAACUCUCCGAUCAAACAUAACGAUUCUGGGUGCUUCAGUUUUACCGUUGUCGGAGAAACUACGGCAUGCGGUUUCGAGGCUAAGAAAGCGAUUCUUGGACAAAUCGCAAGAUAUUUACAUUCCGAAUUUCAAAACGGUGAUUCAGCAUUUUUGCCUGCCGGUGUCGGGGGGUGCGGUGAUAAGGGAGAUCGGAAAAGUGCUGAAGCUUAACGAUAAGGAUGUGGAAGCGGCAUUGGCGACUCUUCAUAGAUUCGGGAACCAAUCGUCUUCUUCGUUGUGGUAUGAACUUGCUUAUUUGGAAGCAAAAAGAAGAGUUGAAAAAGGAGAAAGAGUGUGGCAAAUUGGAAUGGGCACUGGGCCCAAAUGUGUUAGCUUGAUUUGGGAGUGUAUUCGGCCCAUUUCUGGAGAGUCCAAUAAUGAACCAUGGGCCGAUGUAAUUGAUCGGUAUCCAAAUCUAGGCCCACCAACCUAGCUCUUUAAAAUGUCUCUUUUAUCCAUAUGGUUUUGCACCUAAUGUCAUAACCAACGAAUAAAAUUCCUUUUUUUCUCUCCUUGAUUUCA